AUGGAGGGACCGCAGGGUUUUACAUACAAAUCAGACGCGGGCCGGAUUGUCACAAGAGGGCUGACAGGACCACAGCGCAAUAAAGACGAGCCGUCCAGCUACAUCUGUACUACCUGUAAGCAGACCUUCACCAGUGCCUGGUUCCUGCUUCAGCACGCCCAGCACACUCACGGCAUCCGCAUCUACCUUGACAACCACCCGGCCAACUGCUCCCUCACCCCUCGCAUGGCUCUGCCUCCCCCUCCGGGGGCGGACGCCCUGCCCCGCUCCCCUCUCCCCACUUUCCUCGGCGACACCAACAACCCGUUCCACCUCCUUCGCAUGGCCGCGCCCUUGCUCAGGGAACCCCCUCCCCCGGGGUACAUGGAGACCCGUCUGCCCGCCACGCCGCCCUUUGUCAGCCCUCCGCCUCCCCCCCGACCGCCCCUGGAGCGGCUGGUCCCAGAGGAAAUGGGGCUGCUCUCGCAGCAUCCCAGUGCCUUUGAGAGGGUGAUGAGAAUGACCCCCAUGGAGCCUCCGUCCAUGGACUUCUCGCGUCGGCUGAGGGAGCUCGCGGGCAACACCACCAACAAUGGCGGGCCCACGCCUCCUCUGUCCCCCAACCGCGUGCCGCCCAUGCACCGUCUGCUGAGCCCCACGCUUUUCCAGCCGGGCGCCAAGCCCCCGGCCUUUCUCACCUACGCCCCUCAGCCUCCCGCCUCUCAGGGGGGGCACGGCUCCUCCAGCCCCCCAGACACACAGAGUCAGAAUCAGGCCCCGGGCAAGGCCAAAUCUUGCGAGUUCUGUGGCAAGAUCUUCAAGUUCCAGAGCAACCUAAUUGUCCACAGACGCAGUCACACAGGUGAGAGGCCGUACAAAUGUCAUCUGUGUGAUCACGCCUGCUCGCAGGCCAGCAAGCUCAAAAGGCACAUGAAGACACAUAUGCACAACAAGUCUGGCGCCAUGAGUGGCUCUCCAGAGCAGGGAAGUAGAGGCGAGGGGGGAGAGGGUGAAGACAAAAAUAGGGAGGGAGAUGUUAGAGGCAUGGGGUUGGAUAAUGAGGAGGAGGAUGAAGAAGAGGAGGAAGAGGAAGAGGAGGAAGAAGAGGAGGAGGAAGAGCUGAGGAAUGGAAGUCGACCAGAUUCCAACUUAAGUGAAGACUCACAGGAAUUCAGCCAGAAUAGAGAAAACGGGCCAAGACAGUCCCCAGACGAGAAGCCCCUGGGCGGGGACAGAAUAAAUGACAGUGGUGGGGUGGGCAUCAUGCAUCCAUACAACCACCUGGACAAUCACCUCAGACUCAACCCUAACAAGCGAAGUUUGGAGAGACAACCUAAUGGAGACAGUGGAGAGAGGGAGGAAGCAGAAAGAGAGAAUGAAAGGGAACCAGGCAGGGAGCGGGAAGAGCAGGGGGAUGUGAGGCCACUGAUGAAUGGCAGGAUCAUUGUAUCUGAAGCUGAGUCUUUUCCUGGUUUGUUCCAGCGCCGGCCUACCCCCAUCACCAGCCCAAGCCCUUCUAACAACAAGAGAAUCAAGAUAGAGAAGGAACAGCUGGACAUUCCCCCAAACAUUCCGCUCAUUUCCCCCGAAAACGUCUACUCUCAGCUGCUAGCCGGCUAUGCUGCUUCCCGCCAUUUCAUCCGCGAGCCUUUCCUGGGAUUCACCGACUCCCGCCAGUCGCCGUUCGCCACCUCCUCCGAGCACUCCUCCUCGGAGACGGGGAGCCUCCGCUUCUCCACCCCGCCGGGGGAGAUGAUGGAGGGCGGCAGCGCCUCGGGGCGCAGCGGGAGCAGCACCCCGCACCUGCUGCGGGGGCCCGGGCCCGGCCGGCCCCCCAGCUCCAAGGAUCGGAGGAACGACACGUGCGAGUACUGCGGCAAGGUGUUCAAGAACUGCAGCAACCUGACGGUGCACCGCCGCAGCCACACGGGCGAGCGGCCGUACAAGUGCGACCUGUGCAGCUACGCCUGCGCCCAGAGCUCCAAGCUGACGCGCCACAUGAAGACCCACGGCCAGUUCGGCAAGGAGGUGUACCGCUGCGACAUAUGCCACAUGCCCUUCAGCGUCUACAGCACGCUGGAGAAACACAUGAAGAAGUGGCACGGGGAACAUUUGAUGGCCAGCGAGGUCAAACUGGAGCAGGCGGACAGAGGUUAA